AUGAGUUCAUGCUUUGUGCCGAACGGGGCCAGUCUGGAGGAUUGCCACUCCAACCUCUUCUGUCUGGCUGACCUAACAGGGAUCAAAUGGAAGCAGUACGUAUGGCAAGGCCCCACUUCUGCUCCAAUCCUCUUUCCAGUGACAGAAGAGGAUCCCAUAUUGAGCAGUUUCAGUCGAUGUCUGAAGGCUGAUGUGCUAAGCGUAUGGCGACGAGAUCAACGCCCUGGACGUAGAGAGCUUUGGAUAUUUUGGUGGGGAGAUGACCCAAACUUUGCUGAUCUUAUCCAUCAUGACUUGACAGUGGAGGAAGAUGGAAUUUGGGAAAAUGGUCUUUCCUAUGAUUGUCGUACUCUGCUAUUCAAGGCUAUCCACAAUUUGCUGGAGAGAUGUUUAAAUAACCGUAACUUUGUGCGGAUUGGGAAAUGGUUUGUGAAGCCAUAUGAAAAAGAUGAAAAACCCGUUAAUAAAAGUGAACACCUAUCUUGCUCUUUUACAUUCUUUCUUCAUGGUGACAGCAAUGUUUGCACAAGUGUGGAAAUUAACCAACACCAGCCAGUAUACAUUCUCAGCGAGGAGCACCUUACUCUUGCCCAGCAGUCUAGUAGCCCAUUUCAAGUUAUCCUGAGCCCUUUUGGAUUAAAUGGCACCCUCACGGGGCAGUCGUUCAAGAUGUCUGAUUCCUCUACUAAGAAAUUAAUUGGUGAAUGGAAGCAGUUUUACCCCAUCUCAUCCAGUGUGAAAGAGUGCCCAGAGGAGAAGCAGGAGGAAAUGGAUUGGGAAGACGAUUCACUGGCAGCUGUUGAAGUAUUAGUUGCUGGUGUUCGAAUGGUCUAUCCAGCUUGCUUUGUGCUAGUCCCUCAGUCCGACAUCCCUACAGUUAGCCCCGCUGGGUCCACUCACUGUACAAACACCUGUUUAGGUGCUCAAGUGCCUGCUUCCUCUAGAGAUCCAGUCAUGUCUUCAGUAACGCUGACCCCACCAACAUCCCCAGAGGAAGUUCAGACAGUUGAUGUGCAUACGGCGCAGAAGUGGAUGAAGUUUCCAUCGGUGUCAGAUUGUUUUAAUUCUGAUAGUACUAGUCAUCAUGGUGGAAAAAUACCAAGAAAAUUGGCUAACCAGGUUGUAGAUAGAGUUUGGCAAGAGUGCAACAUGAACAGGUCGCUAAACAAAAGGAAGUUUUCGGCUACGUCUAAUGGAGUGUGUGAAGAAGAGACAUCUGACAAAAUUCCAUCCUGGGAUUUUGUGGAAGCUACACAACGAACAACAUGUACCUGUUCAAGGCACAAAAAACCUUAAACAGAGAAAUUCAGGUCAACAAGGGCAGGUGCCUCCUGCAGGGCCCCAGCAGCAAGCAGCCCAAAAGCACAAGACUAAUGAAAAGCAGGAAAAGGGUGACAAGCCUCAGAAGCGUCCACUGACUCCUUUCCAUCAUCGAGUACCUCUUUUUGAUGAUGUUGGUAUGGAAACAGACACUGCAAACCAGAGACUUGGCAUUCGCUCCCAAGACAGUAGAGGACGUUUCUCAAACAUUCGACCCAACGAUGUAGCAAAAACGCCACAGUUGCAUGGCAAUGAAAUGAACAGCUCACCCCCACCUCCUCCUUUAAGUCCACACCCUUGUGAGGGUCUUGAUGAUGCAGGGGAACCUAUUAAAAACCCAUCUACUCCUCAGAGUCAACAUUUUUAUCAAAUGCCAACACCAGAUCCACUAAACCCAGCAAAAGCAAUAGAUGAAAGAUUAGAUGGAUUAUCCCAAACCUUUGCUGCAGCAUUCACUGAAGUCCUAGAGCCAACGGUGUAUGUUGGCACUGCAGUUCAUCUAGAGGAACAAGAAGCAGACAAUACCUGGAUGUAUUACAAACUCCCAAAGAGAAAAGAGUCAGAGUUUCUUCCUCCACCACUUCCGAGUGAUAAGCUGAAAGAUGAUGCUUUUGGUCUUUCUGGAAAGGAAAACAUUACUUCGGUCACAGAAUUAAUGGUGCACUGUAAAAGAACACUGAAGAUUUCAGAGGAUUUGCUCCAAAAGUAUCAAAGUAAAAACCAAUAUAUACCAACAACGGUGUUAGACAGUGAGCAAGAACCUGAUCCCUAUGCAUUUGUGGAUGGCGAUGUGGAGUUUGUCUUUGAUGCUAAAAAGGAAAGGCAGACAAGUGAAAGAGAAGCGGGGAAAAAACACAAGGCUGAUGACAACAUGUCAAAUGUUGCAGUGUUACCGCAAGUUGAAGACGCUAUGUCAUUAUUUAGCCCAGCAGUUAAACAAGAGUCUCAGCGACCAUCUGCUCAUGCCAGAACAGCAUCCACUAGUCUCUUUCAUGAAACUGACCUUGUUGUUUCUUAUACUGAUCUGGAUAACCUUUUCAAUUCUGAUGAAGAUGAGCUUACGCCGGGAUUAAAAAGGACCCAGAAUACUGAUGACAAGAACAGCAGCAAGGACUCCAAAUCUGUAAACCUAGACCCUCUGUCUUGCAUAAGUACAGCUGAUCUUCAUAAAAUGUAUCCCACUCCACCAUCUUUGGAGCAACACUUUAUGGGCUUCUCUCCUAUGAACAUGAACAGCAAAGAAUAUAACAACAUGGACUCCACACCAGGAGCAACAACACUUGAUGGAAUAACUGCUCAAUUUAAAAUAGAAGUUGAAGAGGGAUUCUGCAGCCCCAAGCACACUGAAAUUAAGGAUUUCUCCUUUGUAUACAGGCCAGAGACAUGUCAAGUGAUGGUGGGGUGUUCCAUGUUUGCCCCUUUAAAGACUCUUCCUAGCCAGUGUUUGACACCCAUCAAGCUGCCAGAUGAGUGCAUUUACCGUCCCAGUUGGACUGUUGGAAAGUUAGAUCUUCUUCCUCCUGUAGCUGCAAUGCCCUUCAUUAAAGAUGGGAAUAUUUCUAGUGUCAGCAGUGCAAUCGAUCAAGAAUAUGUACAGACUUACACACCACAGACCCAUACACCAUUUGGAAUGUCCAAUAGUGCCCCACCAAGCAAUGGUGGGGCAGGUAUCCUUCCUUCUCCUGCUACACCUCGCUUUUCUGCUCCAACUCCAAGGACUCCACGAACACCACGUACUCCAAGAGCAGGUGGUGGUCCAGCCAGUGUUCAGGGAUCAGUCAAAUAUGAAAAUUCUGAUUUGUAUUCUCCAGCCUCAACACCAUCAACUUGCAGACCAUUGAACUCUGUAGAGCCUGCCACUGUACCAUCAAUCCCAGAGGCCCACAGCCUUUACGUUAACCUCAUUCUUUCAGAGUCUGUGAUGAAUCUGUUUAAGGAUUGCAAUUUUGAUAGCUGCUGUAUCUGUGUUUGCAAUAUGAACAUUAAAGGAGCAGACGUUGGAGUGUAUAUCCCUGAUCCUGCCCAGGAAGUACAGUAUCGCUGUACAUGUGGCUUCAGUGCGGUAAUGAAUCGUAAAUUUGGCAACGGUUCAGGCUUGUUUUUGGAGGAUGAGCUUGAUAUAAUCGGGCGACACACGGACUGUGGUAAGGAAGUGGAGAAGCGUUUUGAGGCCCUAAGAACUGCGGGAACAGAUAACACUGGGCUACGGGAUCCUGAGAAAAUGCCCGAUGAGUUGAUACUACUUCUCCAUGAUCAAUGCACUAAUUUAUUCUCUCCAUUUGGAAUAAUGGAUCAAGAGCCAGUAACCAAAACCAGCAUUGUGAGCUACACAUCACGUGUGGAAGAACAGGACUGUUGCAAUGAUUGCUACUUGGCACUGGAGCAUGGACGACAGUUCAUGGACAACAUGUCAGGAGGCAGAGUUGAUGAAGCACUUGUUAGAAGUUCUUGCUUACAUAGCUGGUCUAAAAGGAAUGCGAUCGACUCAAGCAAACAGUGUUCCCAAGACAUCCUGCGUAUGCUUCUUUCAUUGCAACCUGUUCUGCAGGACGCAGUUCAGAAAAAGCGGACUGUGCGAUCUUGGGGAGUGCAAGGGCCUUUAACAUGGCAACAGUUUCACAAAAUGGCUGGCCGUGGGUCAUAUGGAACGGAUGAAUCCCCAGAACCACUGCCAAUUCCUACAUUUCUGGUAGGGUAUGACUAUGAUUUUCUGGUGCUUUUCUCCAUUUGCUUUGCCUUACUGGGAAAGACUCAUGCUGGAGCCAUAUGGUUCUCAACGAGAUAUUGCUUAUGUAGUGGUGUGCCCAGAAAACGAGGCUCUCUUAAAUGGCGCCAAAAGCUUUUUUCGGGAUCUCACUGCAAUGUACGAGUCUUGUAGGCUUGGACAGCAUCGUGCAAUUUCCAAACAACUAACAGAUGGCAUUAUGCGAGUUGGGGCCAAUGCAGCAAAAAAUGUUUCAGAAAAGUCAGUUACAGAAUGGUUUUCUCAGGCAGCUAAUGGCAACAAUGAAGCAUUCACCAAACUGCGACUGUAUGCUCAAGUGUGCAAAUAUGAACUAGGUCCAUACCUUGCCUCUCAACCACUGGACAACUCUUUACUCUGCCAACCCAACCAUGCACCCUCUAUUACCCAGGCAGCAUCCUCACAGCCAACCCCACCAGUGAGCACUGGUAACCCAAGCACUCCUUCCUCCUUGACCCCUGCUCCAACAACUAACUCAGCAGCAGCAACGCCAAACAAUAGUACUUUUUGCCUUCUGCACCUGCAACAGGCCUCCCUGCUCCUACUACUGUGGCUAAUUCCAUAACUGGAAACAAAAGCAGCAGCUUUCCUCCCUAUGGGAGCCUGAAUAACAACAGCAGUUCAAUCCCAGCACCGGUUACCUCUGCUCAGAACAAUCAAGCAGGGCAGCAGCCACAGAGCAUGCAACAAACCACUGGAGUGACAAGUGAACAGGCUGCAGCUGCUGCUGCUGCAGCUGCAACUGAGGUAACAGAAAGUACUAUGGACCGUGAUAAAGUUGGCGUUCCAACAGAUGGGGAAUCUCACGCUAUCACCUAUCCACCAGCCAUUGUGGUGUAUAUUGUUGAUCCUUUUAAUUAUGAAAAUAAUGAGGAGGGCUCAGGUUCAUCUAGUGUCUGGACUUUAGGGCUUCUCCGCUGCUUUCUGGAAUUAUUGAACACUCUACCACCACACCUUCGCAAUACAGUCUCUGUCCAGAUUGUUCCAUGUGAGUAUCUCCUGCAACCAGUAAGGCACGAAGACCGUCAGAAUUACACCCAGCAUUUAAAGUCACUAGCAUUCUCAGUGUUUACACAGUGCCGAAGACCACUUCCAUACUCAACAAAUGUGAAAACGCUAACGGGAUUUGGGCCAGGGCUUGCCAUUGAAAAUUCCCUGAAGAGUCCAGAAAGACCAGACUGCAUUCGACUCUACACACCACCUUUUAUUCUGGCACCAGUUAAAGACAAGCAGACAGAACUCGGUGAAACAUUUGGAGAGGCUGGUCAAAAAUAUAAUGUUCUUUUUCUGGGAUACUGCUUAUCUCAUGAUCAGAAAUGGCUUUUGGCAUCUUGUACUGACCUCUAUGGAGAGCUGUUGGAAACAUGUAUCAUAAAUAUCGAUGUGCAAAAUCGUGCUAGGAGGAAAAAGGGCUCUGCUCGUCGCAGUGGCCUUCAGAAAUUAUGGGAAUGGUGUCAAGGACUUGUACAAAUGAGUUCUUUGCCAUGGAGGGUAGUCAUUGGUCGCUUGGGAAGGAUAGGUCAUGGAGAGCUAAAAGAUUGGAGUUGUUUGCUGAGUCGUCGUAAUCUUCAGUCGCUAAGCAAGAGGUUGAAGGAUACAUGCAGGAUGUGUGGUAUUUCAGCAGCAGACUCUCCCAGCAUACUAAGUGCUUGUUUGGUGGCAAUGGAACCACAGGGGUCAUUUGUGAUCAUGCCAGAUUCUGUAUCAACAGGUUCUGUGUUUGGUCGGAGCACCACACUCACGAUGACUUCUCAACUUAAUACCCCCCAAGAUACAUCAUGCACACAUAUCUUAGUUUUCCCCACAUCUGCAUUUGUGCAAGUAGCAUCAGCAAGCAACACAAAUGAGAACCUUUUCAGUUCAAAUAAUGAUGGAACAGAUGGCAUGGGAAUUUUUGAUGUGCUAGAGACGCCUGAUGACUUGGAUCCAGAUAUUAUUAACAUAUUUCCUGCAUCACCCAGUGGCUCUCCAAUCCACUCACCUGGAUCCCAUUAUCCUCAUGGAGGCGAUGUUGGCAAGGGUCAAGGUACUGAUCGACUGCUGUCCACGGAAUCCCAUGAUGAAGUGACUAACAUUUUGCAGCAACCCUUGGCACUUGGUUACUUUGUUUCAACUGCCAAAGCUGGUCCUCUACCGGACUGGUUUUGGUCGUCAUGUCCUCAAGCACAAAAUCAGUGCCCUCUGUUUCUUAAGGCCUCUCUGCACCUCCAUGUGCCUUCAGUGCAAUCAGAUGAGUUGCUACACAGCAAACACUCGCAUCCGCUAGAUUCAAAUCAGACUUCAGAUGUCCUCAGGUUUGUUCUGGAACAGUAUAAUGCCCUCUCCUGGCUAACCUGUGAUCCUGCAACUCAAGACAGACGUUCGUGUCUGCCAGUUCAUUUUGUGGUGCUGAACCAGUUGUAUAACAUUAUCAUGAAUAUGCUGUGA